AUGUCUAAACAACUUUUUCCUCAAGAAAGCGUCUACGACUAUCUUGUUCCAGAGGAAGCAGAUGAAGUUAAAAAACCACCAAGAUAUGUAUCUAAGUUUAGACCAGCUGUUGUUCUUGAAAACAAGUUGAGCAAAGAUUCGAAGAGGACCAUGGGACCAGCAAAAAUAGGAGCUCCAGCUCCAGACAAGUACCUCAAGAAGCAUUCGAAGGAGCCCAAACUGCCUGAAAAGACAGAGUGCACAAAAAACAUCUGUGGCGCCUGUACUUGCACUGAAAGAAAGCCGCCUGUCCCUGCGAGGACUGACAAUCCUCUUGUGAGAAUUCACACCGAGAGAGAUUUUGAAAAGGCGACAGUAGCAGUGCCCAUGAAGCCAACACCCACAAGUGUAGACGUCAGUACAGGACACAAACAACUCCUGGAAAACUCUGGACUCGUCCCCAAAUACAUCUUCAAAAAGGAUUUUGGUCAAAUCCCUGAGUACCUGCAGCAGCGCAGAAAGGAAGAGCAGAGGGCUCAGGAGGAGUGCGAGCGCUUGAUGGAAGAGCAGAGGGAGCAGGUAGCCUUGCAACACCUAUCGGACAAGAAGCGACAAGAACUCGUGGAGGAACUGAAGAAGAAAUGGGAUGAAGUCCAUGGUGUGUACCAGAAACUUCCUUUUAUCAUUGACACCUUGACGAUGAAAACCCGCAAGACUGAGCUGGAAGAGGAGUUGAGUGAGCUGCAGAAGGACAUUCAACACUUUGAGAGGUUCAAAAUCAUCUACACAGCUAAAGAUUAG